GUUCGAAGCACAGAUCCUAACGAUCACUUUGUGAUCUAUGGCCAAAAGGUGAUUCCUGUGCAACUGCCGCCGUUCAUUCUGAGCGCUGAUCAGGUGUAUGCUGAGCCUCCGAUGUUCAACGCAACUACGGAUUCACUGAAAAUUUACAUAAGGUGGACAUUGCCAAGGGGCUACUCUGAUUCUGAUAUCUAUGGAUACGAGGCUCCUGCUUUGUAUCCACUUCAGUGCCGCACACCUGAGGAUGAGCUACCACAACCCAAAAUUGAGAUUGUUAGAGCUGGUGGACGUCUUGUUGUUUCUUUGCCGUCGACAGUACUUGAAGCUCGAUGUCGUUUGUGGGUUGAGGUCAGAAUGCUUCCAAGAUGCGUUAGGCUUGAACCGUUUAGCGUGCAGAAAAACAUCGAGAUUGAUUGCGAAAAGAAUCCCGAGCUUGAUGUUUGCACGAAAGAAGCGAACCCAGUUUGUAUGGAAAUACUUGAUGUACGAGGAAAACAAGGACACGUAACAAUUACUUGGUUCCCAGCAAAUCGUACUCCUCUAUACUAUCAUGUUCGCUAUGGUCCAGCACAGAUGAAGGGUAAUCCUCCUUUUGUAACGUGGCAGCUUGCAACCAAAAGGGACAUAAAGGUGGACGGUACCGUAACGAGUUUAAGCCUAGAUGUUGCCGAAGAUCAAGAUUUUGGAAUACAGGUGUGA